AUGCUCUCCGAAGAAGACAUCGCCGAGGAGAUCCGCAGCGCGCUCCCCGGCACGGAGGAGAUCAUCGUCCAGUACCUCUCCGGCUACCUCCUCGACCUCGACGACGCCGCAGAAGAUGAAGACGUUCUCCAAGUCACCCGCGACAUCCUCGAGUCCGCGAUCGGCUCGUCGUCCAGCCACGCGAAGCGCGAGGAACUGGAGAAGCUCGUCUCCCGACUGGCGGACGUCCUCAAGGAGCCCUUGACGCGCCGCGAGGAGAAGAACCGUGCCGGGAAGGGAUCGGGGCUCGUCAGACUGGACAAGGUCAUGGAUCUGAGCAAGGCGAACAACAUGAGCUCCACGAUUGCGUUUUCGGAGGGAGUGGACCUCGAGAGCAUCAACAAGGGAAAGGCCUCCCGUGUCGAUGUCAAAAAGCUCGAAAAGCAAGAAGCCAAGCUCAGGGCCAAGAUCGAGAAGCGAGCAAAGCGUACAGGGAACACCCUCUACGAGGGUUCCAAGCUGCUCGACCAGCACAGGAAACAGGAAGCGUACGAAGAGAUGUUCCUCAAGAUCAACCCGCUGGACGCGGCUGCCGCGUCCAAGAACAAGUCAAAAGACAUCCACCUCACCAACAUCGACGUCAACUUUGGCUCCAACCGUAUUCUGUCCGGCGCCUCUCUCACGCUUCCCUCUGGGCGGCGUUACGGCCUCAUCGGUCGGAACGGUGUCGAGAUUGUCGGCGACGACACGCUCGCGAUCGACUCCGUGCUCAAGGCCGAUGUCUGGCGCGACACGCUCCUGCGCGAGGAGGCUUCGCUCAAUGCGAGGCUCGCCGAGCUCGAAGGCGAGGGUGACGACAAGCGCUUCGAGGACGCGCGCGACGAGGCGCAAUCGCGUCUGGUGGAACGGCCCGGCGCGGGCCGCGGCGCUCUCGCUGGUUUGGGAUUCAGUGAGGAAGACCAGCAGCGGCAGACGCGCUCGUUCAGUGGUGGUUGGAGGAUGCCCUGCCUAUUGCUACUUGAUGAGCCGUCCAACCAUAUCGAUCUCAACGCUCUUGCAUGGCUGGAAGACUACCUCCAAACAUGGCCUGGCACUUUGCUCGUCGUCUCUCACGACCGAGCAUUCCUCGACGCCGUCGCCACUGACAUCGUUCACAUGCAUUCCGGUCGUCUGGACUACUAUAAGGGUAACUUCACACAGUUCUAUUCCACCAAGUCAGAGCGCGACCGCAACCUCCGGAAGGAGUACGAGACACAAAUGGAGUACCGCAAGCACCUACAGGCUUUCAUCGACCGUUGGCGGUACAACGCCAACCGCGCCGCACAAGCGCAGUCAAAGAUCAAGAUUCUCGAGAAGCGAGUUACGUUCGGGUACACGCCCGACAAGAUCUUGCUCAAGGGGCUCAACUUCGACGUCGGGCUCGAUUCGCGGAUCGCUGUCAUCGGACCCAACGGUGCCGGAAAGUCUACGCUCAUCAAGCUUCUCACCGGGGAGCUCAAGCCCAUGGCGGCCACUGGCUACUUCGCCCAGCACCACGUCGACAACCUCAUCCCAUCGAUGUCGCCCGUGCAGUUCCUGGCCCACAAGUUCCCCGGCAAGACGGAACAGGAGUACCGCCAGCACCUGGGAAACUUCCAGAUUAGCGGCAUGACUGGCCUGCAGUCGAUUGGCACACUAUCAGGAGGUCAGAAGUCGCGUGUGGCGUUCGCCGUGUUGUCGCUCCAGCGCCCGCACGUCUUGCUGCUGGAUGAGCCUACUAACCACUUGGAUAUGGAGGGUCUCGACGCGCUCAUGAACGCCAUCGGUGCAUGGAACGGUGGCGUAAUUCUCAUCUCCCACGACGAGCGGUUCAUCACCUCCGUCGCUAACGAGCUCUGGGUAUGCGCGGACGGGACGGUGAUGAAGUUCAAAGGCGACGUGCAGGCGUACAAGAGCCUUAUUGUCAGCAACAUCAAGGCAAAGCCGUAA